CUUUUUUAAUGUAUUUUUCUCAACAAUUACUUAAACCAUUCAUCUUCAAUCCCAUGUCCAUCUGUUAACCCAAACACUCAUACAGAUUGGAGCAGUGGAAAAUGGAUACAAUGAAGGCUCAAGGAGGGAUUCAGAUGUUGUUGAAUGCAGAGCAGGAUGCUCAACAAAUCAUUGCAUCUGCAAGAAAUGUUAAAAUGGCGCGGUUGAGACAGGCUCACGAUGAAGCAGAGAGGGAGGUGACAAACUACCGCACUCAGUUAGAAGCCGAUUACCAAAAGCAAAUCUCCGAGUGUAGUGGGAGCUCAGAUUCCAGUGUCAAGCGUCUUGAAGCAGAAACUGAUACGAGGAUUAGAAAGAUGAAGGAAGCUUCCUCCAGAGUGUCACCGGAUGUUGUCUCCAUGCUCAUCAGGCACAUAACUACUGUCAGAACUUGAUUCUAUAAAAUUGAAUAAAUGAUCCUCUACCAAAAAAAAGUUAUAUUCAGAUCCGGAUGUGAAUCUUGGAGGCGUCAUGUAUGGAUUUUGUCCGCAAGAGUAAAAUUAUAUGACCGAAAUAAUGUCGAAAUUGUUAUAGUUUAUAACUUAGAUUGAAUGAUGUUUUAAUGAUUUCAAAUGGAUUAAUUUUACUGUAUGUUCCAGUACUAUAUAAUAUAAUGAAAUAAGCAGCAAAUUGAUUAA